UAUUCGCCCUAUAUAAACAACCCCCUUUUCUUCGUGCUUCAUUCAUCUCAAUCGCAAUCUCUCAAUCGUUUUCUACAUAAUACAAACCUCUCUAAUUUUUGAAGCUUAUUAUACCCAAUCUCGAUAUGCAGAUCUUCGUGAAAACCCUAACUGGCAAGACGAUCACCUUGGAGGUGGAGUCCUCUGACACCAUCGACAACGUGAAGGCCAAAAUCCAAGACAAGGAGGGCAUUCCUCCGGAUCAACAGCGUUUAAUCUUCGCCGGAAAACAGCUCGAAGACGGCCGAACCCUCGCCGACUACAACAUCCAAAAGGAGUCCACGCUCCACCUCGUCCUCCGCCUCCGCGGCGGCAUGCAAAUCUUCGUCAAAACCCUAACUGGCAAAACAAUCACGCUAGAGGUGGAGUCCUCCGACACAAUCGAUAACGUGAAAGCCAAGAUUCAAGAUAAGGAAGGGAUUCCUCCGGAUCAGCAACGUUUGAUCUUCGCCGGAAAACAACUCGAAGACGGCAGAACCCUCGCCGAUUACAAUAUCCAGAAAGAAUCGACUCUGCAUUUGGUGCUUCGUCUCCGCGGAGGGAUGCAGAUCUUCGUGAAAACCCUAACCGGCAAAACGAUUACGCUAGAGGUAGAGUCCUCUGACACAAUCGAUAACGUGAAAGCGAAGAUCCAGGAUAAGGAAGGCAUUCCACCGGAUCAGCAACGUCUUAUCUUCGCCGGAAAGCAGUUGGAAGACGGCAGAACCCUCGCCGAUUACAAUAUCCAGAAAGAAUCGACGCUUCAUCUGGUGCUUCGUCUCCGCGGAGGGAUGCAGAUCUUCGUGAAGACGCUCACCGGAAAAACGAUUACUCUGGAGGUGGAGAGUUCUGAUACGAUCGAUAACGUGAAGGCAAAGAUUCAGGAUAAGGAGGGGAUUCCACCGGAUCAGCAGCGUCUUAUCUUCGCAGGGAAGCAGCUUGAGGAUGGACGCACGCUUGCAGAUUAUAAUAUUCAGAAGGAGUCCACGCUUCACCUUGUCCUCAGGCUCCGUGGUGGUGAUUUCUAGUUCAGUUGAAUCUUGCUAAUGAGAUGUUUCAGUUCUAAUAAUAAUUUCUCUUUCCUUUUUCCAAUUUCUCUGUCGUCCUUAGGCUCCGUGGUGUCCCUGUCUAGUUUCGGUACUGUGGAAUCUUGUUAAUGAUGUGUACUUCAAUUUUAUUAAUAUAAUUUCUUCGUUAUGUAAUAGCAAAUUGUUAUUUGUGUCUGAUAGUAUUUUUUGCUGGUGA